UCAAAACCAGUUGUUGGUUUCGUUGGUUCUGCAGCUGCCAGUUUUUUCACAUGGAGAAUGGAGAGCGAGUGGUCGUUCAGAAGUGAUUAUGGCGCUCAAGAGAGUCAUUAAAGAGAGUUACCACCAAAUAACCGAAGUUGAACUCAACGCAAAUGAUGGCCAAGUGGUUAUGAAAUGCCAACGGACAAAAGAAAAUAAAUGAAAAGAAUAUAAAAAACUGAUUAACCGAACAGUAAUCAAGGCUCGGUAAUCAAUGUAUUGAACUUAUCGAUUUGAAUUAGUGGCCCAACCUAAAUUCCGUGACAACAAUGGCAAAAUGAUCGAUCGAAAUGCGAGAGCGGAAAGUGGAGGCUCGAAGAGCAAGAGGCAAGGUCGUUGUUUGCUCACUAAGAGAAAAAUUCCGGCCUAAGAGAAGAUUAGAUAAAUCCAAACGACAGAUAAAUUUCCAUGUGUGUGUUAAUUUUGGACUGUUCAAGCGGUUUAAUGGUUACAAGCCUUUCCUUUACAAUCAAACCAUAGACGCUUGCUAUUUCAUAAAUCAUCAAAAGUCCAAUCCUGUCGCUAAAUAUUUUUUCGACAUUAUUAGGGGGAUUACGAACUUGAAUCAUUCCUGUCCAUAUAAUCACGAUAUUCUUGUGGACAGACUUUCCACCGAGAUAGUAAACCAUCAUCUUACAAAAGUGCUUCCCUACCCGGAUGGAGAUUACAUGUUAGAGACACGAUGGAUACUCAAUGACAUACCAUCCGCAGUUACCCAAGUCUAUUUAUCUCUUUCCUAAUAAACUAUCAAACGCAAACCCCUUUUAACUAGUUGAGAAAGCAUAUAACAUUUCGGAUAUCACAUUUUUAUGCAAAAAAUUACAAUACAUUCGAAAUCAUCCAAAAAUUUCUUA